AUGGAUUCUUUCCCCAACGAAAUAUUGCUAAAAAUUGUCGAAACUUUACAUCGCAAAGAUGUCUAUCGGAGAUUUAUUCUUCUCAACAAGCGAUUUCUUUCUAUAGUUCAAGCAAAUGCAUCGAAAUUGAAAUGGCCUUUAUUAGAGUUUUGUUAUGUUGGACAGUCAAAUCGACAUGGAAAUGUAUUUAUUCGAAUUGAUGACGAUCAACCUUCACUUAAAAUUACAGAUGAACGGGUUUUUAAGCGAUUGCAGCACUCGAGAAUUAAAUUUCUGAUAAUCGAUAUCGAUUCAAAUCACGAGUCCACACUUGAGUUGAUUGAUCUUUUUUCAAGAUCAAAGCCAACUGUUCGUGAAGUCGUCCUUUCGGUUUCUCCCAUGCAUUUUAGCAUGUUUGACAACCUUCUUCGGUUACUCGACUAUUCCCGUAUCUCUUACUUCAACAACUUCAAAUGGAUUUCAUUCCCGAAAACCCUUCAUAUCGAUCGUGAUUCCUUGGUUACUUGUACUCUAGAAGCAUCAAGCUUCCCAGCAAAGUUUUUCAAUGCCGAUCACAUUCUAAAUAUUAUUGAGAUGGUGAAAGCUGGCCAGAUUCUAACAAAUCACGAGUACGGAAUCCCACUCUGUUUCCGUCUUUCAAUCUAUUGGGGAAUUGUACUCAAAGAAACACUUGAAGAAACUUCUGGCUGGAGUCAAAUCAAUUUUUGUCAAACACGACGAAAGAUCAAUUUCAAUAUGAAGAAAGAAUUCGAUGGAUCAAGUGUAAGAAUUGAGCUGAGACCUCACGCAAAUUGCUACUAUUGUGUAAUUUUCGUCAUCAGCAGUCGAAAACGUGUUUUAUCCUAUUUGUUGCUAAAUGAUGUCAUUCGAAAAGCAGAGGUUUGGGUGGCU